AUGACAGCUAUGCAUAAAAAUCACAUUAGUUGCUUUCCUUCUCAACAAGUUUAUGAUCAAAAUCUAGACUACAGUGAAGAUCUAGCUGAAGGAGAAACAGAAGCACUUGAACACAGAGAUAAAGGAAUUGUGAGGUGGCAUAGAGGCACAUCUACCAGUCUAGUCAAGGCUCCAAUUUUAGUUCCGGAAGAUGAAUUAUCCACAGAGAAAUGCUCAGAGUACAGUGAAGGCAAGAAAAAAGGUCUCAUCAGUAAAGUGAGAAAAACAUUAAGAAGGUUUGUGACACAUCACUACCAACACAAACAGUUAAAGAACCUUGACAAGAAACUUGAAAGAAAUUGCAGAAGUGGUAUUUCGAGAACCAGGAACAUCCCACGACUUCCAGUACAAUGUUAUCGUUUUCCCAGAAGCAGCAAGAUUGCUGACUCAUCGCAGAAGUUCCUGGAGAAUAAAACACCAAGUCACCUCCAGAGCACUGAUUCAUUCUUAUUCAGAUCCAUAGACAACAAACCUUUCACAACAUGGGCCAAACAACUGGCAAAUAUUGAUGAAAAUAAAAUAUUUGCAACAUUCAAAGCGAAACUACAAAAGUCAGCAAGAAUCCAGGUUGAUGUGGAUGUUGUGGAGGCAGAAACAGCAAGUAUUAUUGGCAACAAUCUAAUCGUAAGAUCACGUCGCAUGUCCCGUCGAGUGUCUGUUACAAGCCUCUCUGCUGAUCAGCAAAAGGUAGUCAACACAAACAAAAGACAGUAUUUAAAAAUAUUCAAGAAAAAGAAAAAAGAUAUGGUUCAAAACAGACGACAUUCCUUUUUAACAAUAGAAAAGCUUCAAGCACAGGUAAAUGAUUUAAUAGAAACGGCUUCAGAAAAAUCAAUGAAACUACUGGCUCAAAGGCAUGCAGAACUCCAGCAGUGUGAGUAUUUGGGAGAUGAAAUUCUACAAUCAUCAAAACAGUUUCAGCGAGUUUCUAAGAAAAGUGCCCAAAGGUACAAAUGGAAGAAGUGUUUACUCUGCAGAUGUUGCUGCUAA